AUGGUAAAUGAGGAUGGAGUACUACCUGGUGAGGUUAGUGACACAUCAGGUGGCGAGGGUAGCGAGGGUAGUGAUGAAAAGAAACAACAAGCACAUAGAUAUGUCCUGAUGAAUAGUGGGCUGGUUGAUGAAUACAUUAAGGAAUUUGAAAAUUUGACAAAGAGACGACUAAGAAGUCGUACAAGAGCAUCAGCAGAAAUUCAAAAAGUUGUUAAUAGAGAUUUUGCUAGUUGGUUUUCGAGGAGAAUGAUGAACAUUGAUGGCUUAGAGGAAGUGUCUGAUGAUAUUAAGUUUUUAGCAAGAGGGCCACUUGAUCAUGCUAGAAGAUAUUCCUCGUAUAACAUUAAUGGUUUAAGGUUUCGAACAAUGAACCGAGAAGAAGGGUUAAAGACACAAAAUAGUGGAGUAUUUUUGUUUGCUGGAACUCCAAGUGUUGCAAGUAGCCGUGAUGUCCAUGGGGUAGUUGGGGAUGUUGCUUAUUAUGGAAAAUUGAUCGACAUUGUUGAACUCAACUACUACGGGAGAUUUUUUGUUACACUAUUCAAGUGUAUAUGGGCUAACACAACUACUUCUAGAGGAAUACGAAAAGAUUGUUUUGGGUUCACGGAGGUUAACUUUUCCAACAGAAUACAUAUAGGAGAUAGUAUUGACGACGAACCAUACAUCUUACCUGUCCAAGCUCAGAUGGUGUUUUAUGUUACCAAUGAGUUGGAUAAAGAAUGGAGUGUUGCAAUACCUUGUAAACCAAGAGAUUCUUUUGAUAUGGGGGGAAAUGAAUACAAUUGUAUGCAUGAGAUUGCCCCGUUUUCUGUCGACAAACAAGACAUUAUAUUUUCAAAUGACAUUGAAAAUCUGUGUUUAGCAAGGGACAAAAUGGAUGAUGAAGCAACCCAUAUAGUUGAGAAUGUAGACGAUGUGAAUAAUAUGGAUAAAACUGGUUAA